UGGAAUUUCCAAAUAAAUUAAAGCAGGGGGAAGUGAAACGGUGAGUGAGGAAAGCGAACAUUCUGAGUGCUCACCGUCAACCAGCCUCUUCAACAUCAAUUAUUCUUUCUCAGUCGCUGUCUUGCAUCAAUUAUUCUUUCCCAGUCGCUGUCUUGCAAUCUACUUUGAAGGGUUGAUCUUCCGCGACUGUUCGGUUUCUGAACUCCGAUUAUAGUGGUACUACACCCUCGAUACUCUGUUUGGUUGCUGGGAGGUUUCGAGCGUAAUUAAAUCAAGCAAAAUAAAUUCCAUUGUUUAGAUGAAGGCCAAGUCCUAUUGACAAUGUUAGGAGAAGGCUUUAACAACAAGGCCCGUAGAUGGGUUAGAGAGAUGGACAAUGCAGAGAACAGAGACAGUGCCUUUUUGAUAUCCUCCAAAAGAAUUCAACCUGAUCCUGUUUUUGGUCGAAGGAAUUGUGACCGUGGGUAUGGAGUCCCUUCUCCCGCCAAGUUCCAGAGUAUACACUUGCCGUCAGGUUUAAUAGCAGUGCCACGUGCUAUCCCCGUCGGUCACAGUGCCAAUGGGUCAGGAUCAGAUAUGGACAUGAGCACUGAUUCCGAUGAUGAGGUUAAUGGCAUGCAGUCCUCACUUGUUUCAUCAUCUCAAGACAUUAAAAUACCCAAUGGGGCUGGUCCUGGACAUACCAAUUUUGUGCUUAGAAAAGGAAAAUAUUUUAGUGAUCCAGCUGAUUCAGAAAUUAGUUCAUCUAGGAAUAGAAAUGAGGGGGACCAAGGCCAUGGUUUGGAGAAAUUGGGAAGUCAAGGUAGUGUGGUUCCAGCUUCGCAGCAUUUCACAGAUGCUGAAUUAUCAGAUUCAGUUGCAGGCUCUGAAGUGUCGUCUGUGCUAUUUAAGAACAAUAAUACCAAUGUAGCUAGCCAGGGGACAUCCACUUCAGUGGAUUACUAUUCUGGUAUUGGUUCACAGCAAAAUGUAAAGAAAGCAGCCAAACAGGAUUCUCAAGGCAGAACAUUGCAAAAUAGGGAGUUCUUUAAUGAUGGUGUCUCCAGUGCAGCUUCAUUUGCUGGCUCUGUUCAAGAAAUCAAGUUAGUUGCUGAACAAAUGCCAACUUUUAGAACACACGGAACUACUGCUUGUGAUAAUACUGGCAUUAGGGAUCCACUUCCAAGGGCUGCUGCUGGUGCUGUGCCUUCGAGCCCCUUACCAGUUCACCAUCCCACAUUUCAUGCAAGUGGUUUAGGUCCAUGGUAUGCUGUGAUUUCGUAUGACGCAUGUGUUCGACUAUGUCUUUCUGCAUGGGCCCGGGGUUGUUUGGAAGCUCCCAUCUUCUUGGAAAAUGAGUGUAUGCUGUUGCGAAAUGCUUUUGGUUUGAAACAAGUAUUGCUGCAACCAGAAGAAGAACUACUGACGAAGCCAUCCUCAGAAUUGAACAGCGAAGGUUCUGCGCUCAAGCCUAAGAAAACUUUUGGCAAAUUGAAAGUGCAGGUUAGAAAAGUGAAAAUGGGACCAGACCUACCUACAGGUUGCAGUAUUUCAUCUCUAAAACCUCCAAUGAUAAAAUUGGAAAGGCUUCAGCUUCAUGUGUCCAAUUUAGGGUCAACUCUCUCAUCUGGAUGUGGAGCUCUUUCUAAAGUUCGUGUGGCCCCUCAUAUUCCUGCAAACAGCAAUUUUUCACGUCGAUGUUUGGGAUAUGUUCAUGCUGGCACUGGGUAUAUCAAAGAGGUGUCUGGGCUUCUGAAAGCUAGCGUAACAUCUUUGGGCUACAGUUCAUCAUCUUAUGAAGUAGUUUCAGAAACUUAUUCAUGUUUGUUGAGGCUAAAGAGUUUACCAGAGAAGGAAGCGGUUCGAAUGCAUCCAGGAUCUAGCGAAACUCAUGUGUUCUUGCCAGAUGGUUUUGGAGAUGAUCUAAUUAUAGAAGUCCAGGAUUCAAAGGGAAAGCACUGUGGUCGAGUUGUAGCUCAGGUGGCUGCUGUUGCUGAAGAGCUGGGUGACAAGCUUCGCUGGUGGCCAAUAUGUAAGGAGCCUGAGCAUGAACUUGUUGGAAGAAUACAAUUAUACAUAAACUACUCGACCAGCCCAGAUGAGAAUAAUCAUCUUAAGUGUGGUACUGUUGCAGAAACUGUGGCAUAUGACUUUGUUCUAGAGGUUGCUAUGAAAAUUCAGCAUUUUAAACAAAGAAAAUUGUUGUUGCAUGGUCCCUGGAAGUGGCUAGUUACUGAGUUUGCAUCAUACUACGGAGUUUCUGAUGCAUACGCUAAACUAAGAUACCUUUCUUAUGUUAUGGAUGUGGCAACACCCACUGCUGACUGUCUGUCCUUGGUGCACGAGUUGCUACUACCUGUAGUGAUGGAGGGCAAGGCCAACGGCACCUUGAGCCGUCAAGAGAAUCGCAUCAUGGGGGAAGUUUUUGAUCAAGUUGAGAGGAUUCUUGCUCUGGUUUUUGAGAACUACAAGUCACUUGAUGAAUCAUCGCAGUUGGGGAUCAUUGAUGCAUUCAGUCCUGCAACUGGAUUGGCUGCACCUGCUCUAGAACCAGCUUUGAAAUUAUACAAUCUUUUGCAUGACAUACUCUCUUCUGAGGCACAGUUAAAACUCUGCCGAUAUUUUCAGACUGCAGCCAAGAAGAGGUCCAGAAGGCACUUGUCAGAAACUGAUGAGUUUAUUUCCAACAAUAAUGGGAGUACAUCUAUGGAUUCAGUUGCUCUUUCUACUGCUUAUCAGAAGAUGAAAUCUCUUUGUUUGAGCAUCAAAAAUGAAAUUUUUACCGAUAUGGAAAUCCACAACCAGCAUGUGCUCCCCAGUUUCAUAGAUCUUCCAAAUCUUUCUUCCUCCAUAUAUAGCGUGGAGCUUUGCAAUCGAUUGCAUGAAUUCUUGGUUGCAUGUCCACCAAAUAGUCCUUCACCUCCCGUGGCAGAACUGGUUAUUGCAACAGCUGAUUUCCAAAAGGAUCUUGCCCACUGGAAUAUUGAGCCAAUCAAAGGUGGAGUUGAUGCAAAAGAGCUCUUCCACUCCUAUAUAAAAACUUGGAUUCAAGACAAACGCCUUGCUCUGCUUGACUCCUGUAAACUUGAUAAGGCAGGCUGGUCUGGUGUUAGAGCACAACAUUCUGCAACUCCUUUUGUUGAUGAUAUGUAUGACCGGUUGAAGGAGACCUUGAAAGAAUAUGAAGUCAUUACUUGUCGGUGGCCAGAAUACACUUUUGUGUUGGAAAAUGCUAUAGCAGAUGUUGAAAAGGCAAUCGUCGAAGCUUUGCACAAGCAGUAUGCUGAUGUUUUGUCCCCGUUGAAGGAAAAUAUAACACCCAUAAAAGUUGGCCUCAAAUAUGUACAGAGAAUCACCAAAGGCAGUAUAUGCAUUUAUGUUGUCCCCGAGGAGCUGGCAAUUCUUUUGAAUUCCUUGAAAUGCAUGAUUGAUGUUCUGCAACCCAAGAUAGAAGCCCAGGUGAGGUCAUGGGGCGCUUGCAUGGCUGAGAGUGGAAAUGCUGUUGCAGGAGAGUAUCUCAGUGAAGUAACAGUAAUGAUGCGAUCCAAAUUUAGAAAUUACAUGCAAGCAAUGGUAGAGAAACUUGCUGAAAAUACAAGGAUGCAAGGUGAAACUAAAUUGAAGAACAUAAUCCAAGACUCAAAAGAAACUGUUGUAGAAUCCGAUAUACGAAGUAGAAUGCAGCCUUUACAGGAACUCCUGAUGAAGACCAUUGAUCACCUCCAUACUAUCUUUGAGACUCAAUUGUUCAUAAUAAUCUGCCGAGGACUCUGGGAUCGGAUGGGACAGGAUGUACUGAGGUUCUUGGAGAACAGAAAAGAGAAUAGGUCCUGGUAUAAAAGCUCACGAGUUGCUGUCUCUAUUUUGGAUGACACGUUUGCAUCACAAAUGCAACAAUUGCUUGGGAAUGCCCACCAUGAAAAGGAUCUCGAGCCACCCCGAUCCAUGAUGGCAGUGCGCUCAAUGCUCUGUAAAGAUGCCAUGAACUGCAAUGAUGACAAUUACUACUAUUGAGCCUGGCUCCCCUACGUAUACUAAAAGCGCUAGAGGGAUGCAUCUACAUGUUCAUAUUUCCUUGUACUGAAUGCGAGGGAGGAUGCUGCCACUUUCUGAUCCAGUAUUUGCGGUUGAAUAGUUGAUAUCAGAAUCAGAAGGGACUGAACAACACUUCACCGGUUCGCAGGAGGAAAAAGUCAGACUCAAUUUUGUAGAGGUAGAGCAACUCAGCCUGCUUGUUCUGAUGAGACUACCAAUUGCCAUGGCCUCCAUGGUCACCUUGUACUUGGGAGAUCCAAGUGUGAACAAAUUGGGCACUGGAAUUUGAUUUUGUUGCAAGUUUUAUGUGCUCCUGAUGGCUGCUGCUAACCCAAUUAUAGCAAGGAAGUUGCAGUCUAAUGGCUUUCUUACAGUACUUCUUGUUGAAACUGUCAUAAUUUUUUUCUCUGUUGCAUGUCUUUGUACUUGGGAAAGAAAGAGGAAAUGAGGAAACAGAAGAUUGGACGUUUGAUCAAAAAUAAA